UUUAGUCUGUUGCAGAAGAAGGUGAAGGAUCCACGUGUGUUUUCUGUUCCGCAAUAUAUUAAACAGGAAAAAAUGACUAAAGCUAAGGAAAAAACUACAGGUGAGGAGGAGGGGAGCAGUGGGAUCGAGAGAACCUACCAGCAGCUGAUUACAAACCUCAACCCAAUUGCUCAGCCAUUGGCCUCCAGGAAAGUCACAAAGAAGAUUUAUAAAUGCAUUAAGAAAGCCUCCAAGUUGAAGCAGAUAAGACGGGGAGUGAAGGAGGUGCAGAAAUUCAUCAAUAAGGGUGAGAAGGGGAUUGUGGUGUUGGCAGGAGAUACGCUACCAAUAGACGUUUACUGUCAUAUACCAGUGAUGUGUGAAGAGAGGAACCUCCCCUAUACAUACAUUCCAUCCAAAGUGGACCUGGGGACGUCCGCUGGUUCCAAGAGGCCGACCUGCGUGAUUAUGAUCAAACCGCACGAGGAGUACCAGGAGGCCUAUAAUGAGUGCCUGGAGGAGGUGGCUUCUCUACCUCUUCCUGUGUAAACAGACCUUUUUAUUGAGUACCCGGACUGUAAUGCCUUUAACCUUGGGAAUCCUCAAUUUACACUAGCUCACAUGUUCACUGGCCCAGUUAAAACCCCUGUAACCAAACAGUCUGUGUAAAAAUGCUUGGUGAGAUGCAGAGGGCUUUGCAUGUGGGGAAGCUGUGUCGAAACUGGAGGAGAAAGAGUUUCAGAACAAGAAAUCGAUUUCCUUAAAUAAUGGAACUGUAAGAGUAUGCUGUUCUGACAAUCCCUGGAGUAAUAAAAUACUACCGCUAGAAUAGACACGAAAUCAACACUAGCAGAAGACCUUGGAUCAGUCUCCAUUGUACUCUGAGGAAUGACCCAGUACCAAAUAAACAUUCAAUAGUGCUGUGUUUAGAAAUACAAAAAAUCUAUAUGUUUUGACUAGAAGUCUUUUUCACUUCAUUUGUCAUUGAAUAUUAGUUUUGUUUUUAGUAUUUCGAAAUUCAGAUCAAGAACUGAUGAAUUUCAUUGAAGCUUUAUAACUUUUUUUUUUAAAUCAUUAAUUUUGCUGAUUGGUUUUGAUGCAGAAAUGUUUUGUCAAUUACAGUAAACCAGAUUAAUUUCUA